AUGGCUGACCAGUGGAGUGGUGAAGACCUGCAGUCUCAAAUCGAAGAAGUCGAAGCGCUGUCGUCCAUCUAUGGCGAUGAAUGGUGUGUCAUAGAUGAAGCCUCGAGGAUAUUUUGCAUAAAAAUUUCAGACGACUUUGAGAAUCCAAAACUGACUGCAUGUCUUCAGAUCAUCCUCCCUGCGGACUACCCCAGCCAUGCUCCUCCCAUAUACCAAAUCAAUGCGGCGUGGUUGCGAGGACCUGAGAGGGCCAAAUUGGCAAACAGCCUGGAAGACCUCUAUGUGCAACAUGCCGGGGAGAGCAUCCUGUACCUGUGGGUGGAAAACGUCCGAGAAUUUCUUGUUGAGAAAUCCCAGAGCGCGGAAUCAGACAAUCUCCAAACUGAAAACACCAACAUAAAAACAGAAGAGGAAGUGAUGGAGGAUGGUGAAGGGACUCCUGACUUCAACUGUCUUAAACAGACAGAAGACGCACACUAUUUUAUGGACCAUUCAGAUGAUGACGAGAUGCCACCAAUAAAACACAGUAAUGCCAUCACAGACCGACGGAGCACUUUCCAGCCGCAUUUAGCCGCCGUCGUAACACCGAGGCAGGUUAAAAUGGUCCUCGAGAAGCUCUAUGAGAACAAGAAGAUUGCCAGCGCCACUCACAAUAUUUAUGCGUACAGAAUACAUUGUGAAGACAAGAACAGCUUCUUGCAGGACUGUGAAGAUGAUGGAGAGACAGCAGCAGGAGGCAGAUUGCUCCAUUUACUACAGAUCUUGGAUGUGCGUAACGUGCUGGUGGUCGUAUCCCGGUGGUAUGGAGGAAUUUUGUUGGGGCCUGACCGCUUCAAACACAUAAACAAUUGUGCCAGAGCCAUCUUGCAAGAGGAGGGAUACCUUGGCUCAACGGGGGAUGAGAUGUCCAAACCAGAAGGGAAGGGCAAAAGGCUAAAAAACAAGAAGAUCAAGUGA